AUGGCGACUGCUACCAUCCCAACCACCCAGAAGGGCAUUCAAAUCUCCCGCAUCGGCGGGCCUGAGGUUUUAGAAUAUCAUACUUCUCUUCCGGUUCCCCAACCGGGCCCCGGGGAGGUGCUAAUCAAGAACAAUCUCUCUGGCGUGAAUUACAUCGACACGUACUUCCGCACCGGGCUCUACCCCGCUCCUAAGCCUGAGAUCCUGGGCCGCGAGGGCGCCGGCACCAUUGUUGCAAUUGGCCCUGGGUCCAACCAGCAGAACUUCAAAGUUGGGGACCGUGUCGCCUGGCUGAACACCGGUGGUUAUGCAGAAUACUCUAUUGCCCCAGCAGAGAGGCAUGUGGCCAGGAUCCCAGACGGCGUUAGCGACGAACAGGCGUUGACUGUCCUGCUAAGUGGGAUUACGACGCUGUCGCUAGUAAGGGAAGCGUACCCGGUGCAGAAGGGAGACUGGAUACUGUUACAUGCUGCGGCGGGAGGUGCUGGCUACCUUAUGACCCAGAUGCUGAAAAUGGCCGGUGCUAAAGUCAUCGGUACGGCUGGCGGUCCAGAGAAAGUGGAGCUGGUCAAGAGCUUGGGCGCUGAUGCGGUGAUUGACUAUAAGUCUGCUGAGGGUCAAAACUGGCUUGAAAAGGUCAUGGAGCUCACAGGCGGUGAGGGCGUCGCCGCGGUUUUUGAUUCAGUGGGCAAGGAUACGUGGGAAAACAGCAUAAAGGCUGUUAAGCGGAAAGGGACAAUGGUGUUCUUUGGCAAUGCCAGUGGCCCUGUGCCCUCGUUGAAUAUUCAGUAUGAUAGCACCCCUUACUUUGACUUUGAGGCCAUUGCUAACAACCACACCAGGCUUCUCUCUGCAAAGAACAUUAAGCUUAUGCGUACUAGUUUAUUUGCAUACAUAGCCACUCAGGAGGAAUUCGACUACUAUACCAAAGAACUCUUUGAUAUGGUUGAAUCAGGGAAACUUCAAACCAAGCUCCACAAAAUAUACCCCUUAGAGCAGGCUGCGCAGGCACAUAUUGAUCUUGAAGGCCGGAAGACUACUGGCAAGCUCCUUUUGAAGCCUUGA